GCAAUCGCAGAGGGCCGAGGGCUUAGAUGAGAGGCCUCCAUGACGGACAACACUUUAAUGAAAAACAGUACAAGCCACUAAAGAGAAAAAUGACACAUGAAGCUCAUGAACAACCUGAGCUCCAGACCAAAAAGAAGCUGAGGAGACCAGAAACAGAGGAGAAGGUGGUGAAGACUGGAAAGAGAGAGCAGGUAGAUGGUCCUUUUGAAGUGACCGCGCUCCAGCCCGAGGAGACAGCCGAAAAAGGAGGAUCAGAGAACAACAAGACAGAAAAGAGAGGACAACACUUUAAUGAAAAACAGUACAAGCCACUAAAGAGAAAAAUGACACAUGAAGCUCAUGAACAACCUGAGCUCCAGACCAAAAAGAAGCUGAGGAGACCAGAAACAGAGGAGAAGGUGGUGAAGACUGGAAAGAGAGAGCAGGUAGAUGGUCCUUUUGAAGUGACUGCGCUCCAGCCCGAGGAGACAGCCGAAAAAGGAGGAUCAGAGAACAACAAGACAGAAAAGAGAGGACAACACUUUAAUGAAAAACAGUACAAGCCACUAAAGAGAAAAAUGACACAUGAAGCUCAUGAACAACCUGAGCUCCAGACCAAAAAGAAGCUGAGGAGACCAGAAACAGAGGAGAAGGUGGUGAAGACUGGAAAGAGAGAGCAGGUAGAUGGUCCUUUUGAAGUGACCGCGCUCCAGCCCGAGGAGACAGCCAAAAAAGGAGGAUCAGAGAACAACAAGACAGAAAAAAGAGGACAACACUUUGAUGAAAAACAGUACAAGCCACUAAAGAGAAAAAUGACACAUGAAGCUCAUGAACAACCUGAGCUCCAGACCAAAAAGAGAGACAUUUAUGAUCACUACAUCCUGGGAGAGCUGCUUGGGUAUGGAAGCUUUGGUUGCGUCUACGCAGGGGUUCGAAUAUCAGAUGGUAAAAAGGUGGCCCUGAAAAUCAUGAACAAAAUAAAUAAUCAUCAAAACAUCACCAUUGCCGGUGACGCACGCAGCCUGCCUGUUGAGGUGGCAUUAUUAGAACUCGUGUGCAAGCCGCCUCAUUGUCCAUUCGUAAUACAGCUGCUAGAAUGGUUUGAGACACCUGAUGCCAUCAUCUUGGUCCUGGAGCGGCCCGACCCCUGUGUUGACCUUUUCGACUUUUUGACGAAUAACAUAAUGACUGAAACUGAAAUUAUAUUUAUCGUGCAGCAAAUUGUUCUUGCCGCAUGUCACUGCCGUAAUCGAGGUGUGUUUCAUCGAGACAUCAAAGCUGAAAAUGUUCUCUUGAACCCUCUGACUCUUCAAGUCAAGCUGAUUGAUUUCGGCUUAGGCGUCCUACAUAAGGACACCACAUACACUGAACAUGCUGGCACUGACAUUUACAUCCCACCUGAAUGUUAUGUUGAUAAAGAAUACGAGGCGGAACCUUUCACCGUCUGGGGUCUGGGCGUGCUCUCAUACAUAUUAUUGUGUAGAAUGCAGCCCUUUGAUGGAGAAAAAGAAAUUGUUGAAGGCCACCUGUUCAUCCCUGAUGAGUUGUCCAAAGCUUCCCAAGAUUUCAUUGGUGGUGCCUGCAAAGAGACCCUAAUAGCCGACCAACCCUCAAUCAGAUCCUCGGACAUCACUGGUUCAGGAGGCAAGGAAAGGUCCAAUGGGCUCUCUUUGGGCAGAACGAAUCUUCUCGACAUCUCCUCAGUACCACCUGUGUGUAAAAUAAAAAAUAAAUAUGUGCUUUUCCUA